AUGCCCAACUACGUUCCUGCUGAGCACCAAGUUGAGAAUACUCAGCAAGCAGUUGGCUCUGGUAAUGAUCCUUCGUUAGAAGAGAUCAUUGCCAGGCUUAUUGCGAGCCUAGAUAUAAGCCUUUAUGCCACAAUGAAGCCAGCAUUUAAAAGCUUCCUAGAGAGCUUCGCCAAAUGGCUUAAAAAUAAAGUCAAUCGCGAACAGGGCAUCAACUUUACAAUCCCAGACAUUGAGUUCACACGGCGCGGUGUCAGAGAGGCAUUGAUUACUUUAGGCAAAACAGACUCCUCUCGGGGCCUAAAGUUCUGCGAGGAACACACAGCAGCCGUCAUGGUCUAUUCUCUUGUGUGUGCAAUCCAGGCAAAACAGAUCGCCACCAAUUCUUCGACACAACAAUUUCGACUAAUUGGACAUACGAGGACUACCAUACGUGGUUUGAUUCUCUUAAGGUUAAUAAAAACCACGUAG